CUCAAAUGGCGCAAAUCAAAAUUAACAGUUGAUUUUGACGUUUAUCGACCGACGUCACCACAUGUCGGCGGCAUCAAUCUUUCGCCACUAAUUAUUUAACAAACUCCGUAGGGCCUAACUUUGAAAUAACUCCAGCGUUAUGGCACCAGCAGCUGCUGCAGUGAAGCCCCAGCCCAGUGAUGACCCUAUUGGCAUCAGGGCAGUUCUUCUGGGCCCGCCGGGAUCCGGCAAGGGCACUCAGGCCCCAAAGUUAAAAGAGAAAUACUCUGUCUGCCACCUCUCUACUGGUGAUAUGCUCCGCGAGGAGGUUUCCUCGGGCUCUGAGCUCGGGCGUAAGCUGAAGAAAGUCAUGGAUGAGGGCAAACUGGUGUCAGAUGAGUUGGUUGUGGACAUGAUCAACAAGAACCUUGAUCAGCCCGACUGCAAGUACGGGUUUCUUCUGGAUGGCUUCCCCAGGACUGUGCCACAAGCCUCAAAGCUUGACGACUUAUUGGCAAAAAGAAAAGCAGAGUUAGACGCAGUCAUUGAAUUUGGUAUUGAUGACAGCUUGCUGGUACGCAGGAUUACCGGCAGACUGAUCCACCUUCCAAGUGGUCGCAGCUAUCAUGAAGAGUUCCAUCCCCCUAAGAAGCCAAUGACUGAUGAUGAGACCGGUGAGACCUUGAUCCGUCGCUCCGAUGACAAUGUUGCUGCUCUUCAGAAGAGGUUAGCGACAUACCACAGUCAAACUGUGCCACUAGUCGACUAUUACAUGCGGAAAGGACUUCACUACAGGGUAGAUGCGUCCAAGCCAGAGGUGACUGUGUUCAGCAAGAUUGACAAUAUCUUCAAAAGCAGGAUCUUCAACAGGCAAAGGGCGGCUCAGUAAACAUAAUCACCAGUAAUCGGGGAUUUGGUUGCCACUAGGGGUAAAUAAUGCUUUUUUUUCUUAUGAAAUGUUUUUAGUAGGUAAUUGUAUUUCAUAAAUAUUAAGAUAGCUUUUUUGUGAAAAAUUCAAUCCAUAUUGCGGGCUUCCUCCCGUAUCCAUACAAAAAAUUCUACUAGACCCCGCGGUGUUGCAGCCAAAUCCCCGAUCACUGAUAAUCACUAUUAAGGAAAGGUGUUGUACAAAUCUCAUUUUUUUAUCUUGUCAUGGGUUUGACUGGUUGAGUUUCUGUAUUUUUGAAAAUCUUUAUAUUUGAGCUUUACUCUAGAGACUAUUUUUUUCGAGCAAAUACAGUGGAUUUAAAAU